AUGAUUACUUAAUUACCGUAUGUCUUAUUGCUAACGUAUUCACAUGACACGAUUUGGUGUAAAAUGAUAAAAGAACAUUUUCAUAUGGUCCGUUUCGAAUAAACGUAAUGUGAGGAAAUGGCCAUUCACGAGCUAAUCUGUUUUGAUAUUUUUAUACUGUUUUGAUGUCUAAAAUGUACAUUUCAUUUGUAACAAAGAGGUCUAUAAUAUAUUUGUUUGUAAUACCGAAACUUCACAGUUGAACCAGGUUGUGGAAUAAAUUAAGAGUUUAAGUAAUCACACGGACAAAAUUCAACGGAACACUGACGCAUGCGCAUACCUCACGAUUUCAUUCGUUAGAAAAAACACCGGUAAUGGGGAAGAAGAAGGGACAAGGAAAAAACUAUAAAGAUGAUGCGCCUCCCGAGUUUACAGAUUCUCAGUGCCCCCACACGCGCAAGGGAUUAGAUCUGAGCCAGAUUAAAAAGGCACUACAGGAUGGCACGUUGAAUGCUUGCCAAGACUGUAAGGGUGGUGGAAAAGAAGGGGACAACACUGAGAUCGAGAACAUCGAGAGCCCAUUGAUUUGGGUUUGUCUGAAAUGUGGUUAUCGGGGUUGUGGAAGAUAUUCUGAUCAACAGCAUGCCGUUAAGCACUUUGAAAAACCACACUCGGACCCCCACUGCUUGGUAGUUAGUUUGGAAAACUGGAACAUUUGGUGUUACCUUUGUGAUGGUGAUGUGCAGUAUUCCAGCACCGGGCGGUUGUCACAGCUUGUAACUUAUAUUCAAAAGCAAACUUUUUCAGAACCAACCAGGAAAACUACAAAUAAAACUGUUAAAGAACAUGAAAACCAGAUACAAAAACUAGAAAACAAGAAUGAACAACAGAAGGACAGUAAGAAAGGUGGAACUGGAACGGAAGAAAAAGAAAAAGAAAAGCCUCACAAAGAAAUACCUCUGAAAAACACUAGUUUAACUGUGAAAGGAUUCAGCAAUCUUGGGAAUACAUGUUUCUUUAAUGCAGUCAUGCAGAUUCUAUCGCAAACUAAACUUCUAAGAGAGCUUCUCAAAGACCUGAAAAACAAUGAAACCACCAUCAAGAUUACACCACAUCUGUCUUCUGAGCUGGGGCCAAUCACAAUAAAUGUUGACAAACCAGGGCCUCUGACAUUGGCUAUGUGUCAAUUUCUCACUGAAAUUCAGGAAACCAAGAAGAGUGUUGUUACUCCCAAAGAACUGUUCUCCCAGGUCUGUAAAAAGGCUGCCCGGUUUAAAGGAUUUCAGCAACAGGAUAGUCAGGAACUCCUUCGCUAUCUGCUGGAUGGAAUGAGGUCUGAAGAAAUCAAGCGAAAAAGUGCAGGGAUUUUUAAAACAUUGAAUGAUUCUGGAAAACAAGUAGAUGCAGAAGAAUCAAAGAAGUUAGUAAAAGAAUAUGAAAAGAAGGGGGAGCUUCAGAACUUUGUAGACCAGGUAUUUGGAGGAGAGUUAACAAGCACCAUUAUGUGUGAGGAAUGCAAAACUAUAUCUUUGGUAACAGAGAUGUUCCUGGAUUUGUCUCUACCUGUUUCAGAUGAGGCUUACAGAAAGAAGUCGCUGAAGAAAAGUGAAAGAAAACCUAGCAUAAAUGAAGAUGAAGAUUAUGAUGUUUCUCCUGCAUGGUCAAAUAAUGCAGAUAAUGGAAUCCCCACUGCCACUUGUAGCAAAUAUCAGCUAAAGAAGGACAAGAAGCAUGCCAAAAAACAAGCAAAGAACCAGCGAAGGCAACAAAAACAUGAAGGAAAGGUGGGACUUGCCCAUGCAACUGAGCAGAAUUCUGAGGAACAUCAGAACGGUCAAGAGUCCUCAUCUCAGGGCAACCUCAGCCAGCCAGACACAGAGAACCUAACAGAAUUAAGUGUAUGUACUGACAGCAGUGAACCAGUGCUGCAGAAUGAAAAAGAAGUAAGCGAUACAGAGCUUUGUGAAGACACCAGCAGUGCUGGGCAUGACCAUGCAAAUGAACACACAGAAGCUGAAAAGAACACAGACGGUCAACAGUUAGACCCUCUAGAAAAUUCACCAGAACCAUCUAAUUCCACUACAGUAAACUUUAAAGAGUUCACUCCUGAUGAAAACCUUGUUCAAGGUUUAAGCAAAAUAAGCCUGAACGAUAACAUUGUUUGCCAUGACGAUAUAGAGUUAGACAUUGGUAACUGUGACGGUCCUUUUGAUGCCAGGGAAUAUACAGUGGCUAACCAAGACCCAGAGGUGGCUUUUUGUACUCUCGCUGACCGAGAACUUCCAGGAAAGCAAGAAAGUUCAACCCAAUCCUGCCUAUAUCAGUUUACACAAAAAGAGAAACUCACAGGAACAAACAGGCUUCGGUGUAAUACUUGCUCACAAAGAAAGUACAAGGAACCAAAAUCCAAUUUAGGUGACAAGAAGAUUGUGUACACUGAUGCCCAAAAACAGAUGUUAAUUUCUAUGGCCCCUCCUGUUCUUACUCUUCAUUUAAAGAGAUUCCAACAGGUUGGGUACAGCGCAUGCAAAGUAAACAAACAUGUGCAGUUUCCUCAGAUUCUUGAUUUGGCCCCUUUCUGCACGGUGAACUGCAAGAAUGUAGCAGGUGACAAAGGGGUACUGUACAGUCUGUACGGAAUUGUGGAACACAGUGGUACUAUGAGGUCUGGUCAUUAUACUGCCUAUGUUAAAGUCAAACCUAACUGCCACCUUUCAGAGCAUCUUAAUGGCAUGACACCACAAGUGUCAGAAGCAGAGUCAUUGAAGGGAUCUUGGUUCCAUAUAAGUGACUCAAGUGUUCAAGCUGUGCCUGAAAGUAAAGUACAAAACUCGCAAGCCUACCUCUUGUUCUAUGAGAGGAUUCUCCACCAGACACACGGGGACAAACACUGAACUGAACUUUUGAGCUGCUGAGAUUGCUACAGAAAGAAAAGGCAAUUGUUUCAAGAAUAUGCAUGACAGAGCGUUAUGCUGUUUGUUGUUUACACACUGAAUUACACCGUGUAACACAUUUUUUUUUUUUUGGUUCCUGGGUAGUAAG